AUGGGAGCAGAGAGGGAGGGGAGUAAAGAACGUGCAGCAAACAAAGAUGAAUAUGUGUAUAGGCAUGAGAGACAGGUGCAAAGGAAGUCCAGAUCGAAAUCCAAAUACCCGGCAACACGUAGGUUGCUGCUGAAGACAAAACUUCUGAAGAAGGCAGAGAGUCUCCUUGUAAAGGAAAAAGAGCAGAAGAAGAUAGAGCGAGACAGUGCUCUGAAUGAGAGAGUGCCUCCUCUAAAGCUCUCCGGACUCUCGGUACAGGAGCUGCAGGAACUUUGUAAAGAUUUGCACCAAAAGAUUGACAUUGUGGAUGAGGCUCGAUAUGAUCUUUCGGUAAAAGUGGCCAGAAAUGAUUUGGAGAUUCAGUCACUGCAGCAGAAGAUCUUUGAGCUGAAAGGGAAAAUGAGCAGACCCAAACUGAAGAGAGUGAAGAAAUCAGCAGAUGACAAGUUGGGAGCCCUGACAGACACCAAGCUCAUGAAGGCUGACUUUAAAGCGAACUUGAAGACCGUGAAAAAGGAGGAUGAAAAGAAAGAGGAGGUGACAGACUGGAGGAAGAAUGUGGAAGCCAUGUCUGGGAUGGAAGGCAGGAAGAAACUUUUCAAUGCUGGACAGUGAACCAACAACAAUCUGCAGUAUUUUUACAAAUAUUUAAAGUUGAAGGAAAACUGUUUGAUUAAUUAGAAAUAUUUCUCCUAAAGAACUCUAUAUGGACUUGUCUGG